AUGGGAGAGCUUGGUUGGGCAGGUUCAGUUUGCCUUGGCUUGACCUGUUCGCAAAUGUACGAAAUCUACAAGCAUUUAUACCCAUUAAAGAUAUUCUUGCGAGCAUUAGUUGAGACAGCUCCUCCUCCUCUUUGUCGUGAGCCUCCAAAAUCGGCUCAAGUCGAGCUAUUUAAGUUGCUAGGAACAUGGCAUGGCCAUCAAUACACAUGUUGGGCGCCGGAUUCCCCAUGGGGACGUAUCAAAGGUUCUAAUGUCAAUCCUGAGGCAAUACCAGCUCGAUUCCUCCUUAAGUCUAUAUAUGACAUUACUCCGCUUGAUAAUACCCCAGAAAUUAUUUCGAGAAAUACUAUGCUGCGAUGUAGCCUCAGAAAUAGUUACGAGGAUUGUUUCUGGUUUGGACCUCGAAGAACUAAUCAGAAAAAUAUCGGGGACUCCUUGAUAGCUUCGUCCGGUUCGCUCUCACAAGAGGACGAUCCAGAAUCCGCUUUCAAGAUGAGUCCUCUACCCAAUCCUUACAAUAUGGGAGUUGAGAGGUGGGAGGAGGAGGCUAGAAAGGUGAUCUUGAGCACUAUGGAUUUGGCUCGUGAUAGAAGACACUGGAGAUGGUACUGGACGAACUGUCUUCUAUUCCGUCUAAACCAUGCAAGUUUUCAAGAAGCUUGGGCUGAACGCCAGGCUGAGAUAUGUUCGAAUGCAUUUUCGGAAUGGUUACUCAUGAAUGAGGUCUAA